AUGAAUAUUUCAACACUUAUCUAUCUAGUCUUAAUAUUUUCUUUUUAAGUAUAGGCCUCUCAUUUGUGUGCUGAAGAAACAGAUUAAAAAUAAGAAUGCAAAAAGUGUAUGGCAAAUUCAAGAUUAGAUCAAGGUACGUGUAAGUGUUUAGAUGGUUAUAUUUCAGACAAUAAAGUGAAUAAAUGCUAUUGUACUUAAAUUAAUUUAUAAUUAAAUAGCUUGCUUGCCUAAUUGUAAAAAGUGUAAACCAUUUCAAUUAAAUUAAUGUGAAGAAUGUUUUGGUGAAAAUGCAGACCAUGAAAAUUAAUGUAUUUGUAAAAAAGGUUAUAUCUAUUCAUCAUAAAUGUAAACCUGCAUUAAUAGUAUAAAUAAAUAUAAUUUUAGAGAACAAGGAUUUAAAUCUGGAACAUUUACAAUAUUAAAUUUAAUCAAAAGAGUUUGAAAGUCUUAAAUUUGAUUUUUGUUUACCUGUUGAAUAGUAUGCUUAAACAAAUCAACUAUAUAAAUUAAAAAUAAAUAAUGUUACUGCGACAUUAUAAUUAAAUUUUACAGAAUUAAAUAACUAAAGUUCUAUUGCAUAUAUAAAAACUAAUGAAAAAUUGAUAUUUGAAAAAAUACUUUUAUAAAAGAUAAAAUCAAGACCUAUUUUAAGAGAUUUUAAUGAGACUAUUUUUGAAAUAAAUUAUAUUUAAGGAUUAAGUUAAAUAAAAGAAAAUAAUUAAAAAUAGAAUUUAAUUCUAAUGAUUGAAAUAAAAAAUGUUAUUUCAAAUAGUUAUUAUUUCUUAUUGAUGAAAUGUGGAUUAUAAGAAAAAUAAAGUUUAGAAGAAUAAAAAAUAUUAGAAAGUCAUGUCAAUUCAGUAGUAGAUAAAUAUUUUACUUUAUUUUAUUAAUGUCCUUUUAAUUGUAAGACAUGUACUUUUGAAACUACUGAAAAGUAAUCUAAUGUUUAAUGCAAAUAAUGUAUUAAUGGAAUGAAAUUAGAAAAAGGAAAAUGUUUUUAUGAAAAUUAACCUAUAAAAAUUAAAGAAAUUAAAUAAAUUUAAGGAUCAGAAUAAAAUACAGAAUGUGAUAUUUAAACUUAUUUAAAAGAUGAAUAUUGUGAAUUAUGUGAUAUAUAGAAUUGUGAAAUAUGUGAAAAUCAAGAUAGUUGUAAAAAAUGUAAUGAUAAAUUUGAAAUAAAAGAUGGAAAAUGUGAAUGUCAAGUGAAAACAGAUGAAUAAUGUGAUAAUAGAAUAAAUUAAUAGAAAAAUUGUAUAUAUUAUAAUGGAAAUGAAUGUUUAUAAUGUGAGUAUGGUUAUUAUUUACAUUAAAAUGAAUGUAUAAAAAUGUUAUCUAAUGAAUAUUUACUUUGUAUAAAAUAAGAUUAAUGUUAUAAUUGUUUGAAUAUGGAAUAAAUUAUUUAGAAAUCAAAAUUUGAAUCUAACAAAUAAGUUUGUGAAUGUUAAAAUGGAUAUUUUAUGAAUUAUAGAUUAUUAGAAUGUAAUUAAUGUGAUUCAAGUUGUAGAACUUGUAUAGAUAGAUAAAUUAAAUGUACUAGUUGUAAUGAUGGGUUUUAUUUAUAAGAUCAUAAAUGUAAGAAAUGUCCUUAAACUUGUCUCAAAUGUGAUUCUUAUGAUAAGUGUAUCAAUUGUGUUGAUGGUUAUUAUUUAGAUAAAUCUUAAUGCAAAGAAUGUAAAAUUAUGAUUUCAGAUAAAAAUGUUUGUGCAAAAUGUUAAAAUGAUAAAAUUUGUACUUAAGCUAUUGAAGGAUAUUAUGUUGAUAGUUAAAAUAUGGUUAAUAAAUGUGAAAUAGAAUAUUGUAAAGUUUGUAAAGACAAAUAGAUAUGUGAAAGAUGUGAUCCAAAUUAUUUUGUAGAAAAAGGAUCUUGUGUUUAAUGUUAAGAAGGAUGUAUUAGUUGUGAACGAAAUAAUGAAUAAAAUCAAAUUAAAUGUUUUAAUUGUUCUCCUAAUUAUACUCUAAGUGAUGAAGAUGGAAAUUGUAAAAAAUGUCCAUAAAAUUGUAAAUAAUGUGCAACUCCAAAUACUUGUAAUGAAUGUUAAGAAGGAUUUCAAUUAUCUUAAGAUACAUAAUUAUGUGAAUGUCAAAAUGCUAAUGAAUAUUUUUUAAAUAAUAAAUGUUAAAUCUGUGUAGAAAAUUGUGAAGAAUGUGAAUCAAAAGAUAAAUGCAAGACUUGUUUAACUUCUUAUAUAGUAAAUAAUAAAGGUUAAUGUGAUAAAAAAAAAUGUAAAAUAACAAAAUGUGAAUUAUGUUAAUCUGAUGAUUCAUGUGAAUAAUGCAAAGAUUCAAUAUAUUUUCAAGAAGAAAAAAAAUGUGGUUGUAAAGGUAAUUGUGAAACAUGCACUUUAAAAGAUUCAAAAUAAUAAUGUACUAGUUGUAAAUCAAAAUAUUAUUUAAAAGAAAAUGAAUGUGUAGAGUCUCAUUGUGAAGAUGAAAGUAAAGAUGGUAAAUGCAAAUAAUGUAAAAUAGGAUAUUUUAUUAAUUCAAUUAAUUAAUGUGAAGAAUGUUAAACUAAAAAUUGUAAAGCUUGUAUUAAUAAUAUAUGUAAUAUAUGUCAAUAAGGUUAUUAUCUUCAAGAUGAUAUAUGUAAAAAAUGUACAGAUCCAUCAUGUUUGAUUUGUGAAUAUGAUUAAAAUGAUGAUUAAGAUUAAUGUAAAACAUGUAUAUCUGGUUACUCUCCUAAAGAAACUAAAUGUUAUAAAGAAAACAAUUUAUUCCCAUUACUUGCUCUUGUUUUUAUUAUUGCUUUAAUUUAUGGAGCCUUUUACUUUAAAGAAUAAAUUUUAUCUCUUUGCUCAAAUUAAAGUUAAGGAUUCGUAAAUAGCUCUGAUUAAGAUGUUGAACUUACAAAUAAAUAAAAAACUUAGACUAAAUAAAGUAGAGAUGAUGAUUUUAAUAUAUUAGAGGAUUGA